GGGUUUCAUUUAGGAAAAGAAAAAAAUUCAAAUUAUUAUUCAAACGGACAAAAAUACCCUUGAGGACUCAACCCUAUCCAUUCGCACUCAACCCCAUCUCUCUCGGCGCCGGUGAGCAGAGGGCAGCGGCAGCAGCUGCUCCGCACGGAAGAAGGGAGGCGCAGGAGCUCGCCGCCGCCGGGCGCGAAGGGAGGCGUGCGGCGCGGGAGCUCGCUGCCGCCGACCGCGGAAGGAGGCGCGCGGCGCGGGUCGAGGAUGGCGCGGGAGCUCGCCAGCAGGUGUUUGGCUGCUGCUUUGUUUUUGCUGUUGCUGCUGCUCUCCGUUUCUCUCUGGCCUCUCUUUGUUCUUGCCUGGCUGGAGGUAGACGGAGCCGGUCAGGAGGACUGCAUGCUGUUGGUGCUGGAGGGAUUAAGUGAAAUCUAAGUGAAUUUUGUCAAAAAAAAAAGUUAAAUCUAUUAAAAACUCGUCAAAUCCCUCAAACCUAAUUUAAAUUUGUCACUUAUCGUAAUAAAAAAAAAUAUCACAUUUUUAGAUAAAAAUACACGAAAUUAGACAAGCAAAAACUUUGAAAAAGUUGAGUCAAAUGAGUGAGGGCAUAAAAGCCAUUUUUCUCUAAAUUAACACCGUUAUGUUGGCUUAACAAAAAAGAGGGUCAAAAGAGCAAACUUAAGAAAGUAAGGUCAAAUUAGUAGUUAGACCUUAAAAUAGGGUCAAAAACGCAAUUGCCCCUAUUAUUUGAAUAUCAUGUUGCAAAAUGCACGGGCUGACGGGCAUCGUGUUAGUUUUAGAAAAAGAAAACUCUGAUACUAUUUUUCUUAUAAAAGAUAAGGGGAAAAAAAACGAACCGACUCGAGCCUGUCGAUCGAUCUGCAACAAUGGCAGCUGAGACGUGCGUUUCGGUGUCGCCUGCAGAGGUGGCCGAGGCGGCGGCGAUCCUCGACGUCGCCGGCGACGGCGACGGCGAGGCGAAAGGGCAGAUCGUCGUCGUCGACGACGACUCCGACUCCGAACCCAACCCGUACGAGUACCGCGUAUUCUUCGAGUGGUUGUGGGACGACUACUGCAAGAUCGACGACGUCACUAGGGGCCCCACGUUCCGAACGCCCGGGGCGCGGAUAUUCCCCUGCGUGGAGGUGUACUCGUGCAGGGUGAUUGACCUCACAGGCGGAUUGGAGUGGCCGAUCAAUGUCUUCGGCUUCGUCGCGGUGCGUGAUGGGCUCGACCGCAAGCGCAACUACAUCUUCAAUCGCCCGAGGGGCGACGCCCAGACACUCACCACGGAGGACCCAUCUUUCAUCUUGACAGGGCCUAUCCGUGCAAUCAACUGCUCUCAGCGUAUCGAAUUCGAAAUCGAUCUCAAGGUUAGGGGGAAAACACAAUCCGAUAAGGAUAAGGUGUUGAGUGCCAGAUACAUUGUGUAUGAAACUAUGGGGCCAAAUAGUAUAGUUGGGCAGGUUAGAUCAAAGGCAAGGCCAGGCAAGCGUUGCUCGGUAGAGGUCACCUUUGCCCAUCUCGCGGGGCGGUGGAGGCGGCGAUCGAGGUUAGAGUUGUUCAAGGAUCAAUAAGCGGUUUUCGUGGAAGAUUCGUCGCGAGAACCGAUGGUUACGAUGACGAUGUGGUGCUUGUUGAUUCCAGUAAAGAUGGUUCUGUACUAGCUGUUGCUGAUGAUGGUGUGAUCAAGCUUGCUCGGAGUGUCGCCGUCGUCGAAAGUACAGGGGUGCUGAACCUUCAUGCGAUCAUCACUCGAAAUGAUGGUAGUAGUAGUGGGGAUGAUGGGGUUGGUGUUGCUGCUGAAGAUCAUGCCGAGUUCGCUGCUCAAAGAUUUGAAAGUUCUUGUAGAACACUUGAUCUUGGGUUCUGUAAGAUGCUGGCAACUGUCUCCUGGUCAAUGAUUCCUUUGAUUUAGUGUC